UGCUGUGCCGUUCGUCGUCUCUGUGAAGAAUCCGGAGAACGAGCGCUUCACGGCAGCGCCUGCCCGCACUGCGCAGUGCUGACACGCAGGGCUCCCGUCCCAUCCCGUCCCGUUCCGCCCUGUUCUGCGGACACGGCGGUAGCGCGGUCGGGGCUCCGCCGGCUUGGCUUUAGAAGCUGGGACGGGAGCAGCAGUAGUGAGACGGGUGAGGCUGAUGCCAGGCAGGGAUGCGGGAGCUUCAGCUGUAAGCGUAAGGUGUAGCUGGGAACCCUGGGGGUGCGUGUGCGAAAUUCGGUCUCUUGUACCUCGGUCGGCACUCGGGAGCGGUCUGGCGGCUCGGCUCCCGUAGAUCCCUAGAGAUGGGAGCGCAGGGCUCGGCGUGUGUGGCGCUUUCUGCGCUCCCAGCAGAGCGCCCAACGUAAUGCCUCUGGAGCCUGACUGCAUCUCCUCCCCUCCCCCUGCCGCAGUGUGGUUGGCUGCUGAGCGUCUGGUGCCCGCGUUUCUGCUAGAACGGAGGGCAGCGCGGCACUCAUCGCUGGAGCUGCGCGUCGCCGCCGCCCGUGCUUCUCCGCAGCUCUGGGGCAUCCGGGAGUGCCGGCACUGGACGAGCCGCUGCAGGCAUCCAGGGCUGCAGGACCAGGACUAUGUCCACCAUGGUGUACCCAAGGGAGGAGAAACUGGACAAACUGAGCCAAGAGGAGAUAAUUUCUAACACCAAGCUGGUGAUGCAGGGGCUGGAGGCUCUCAAGAAUGAACACAACUCCAUCCUGCACAGCUUGCUGGAGACCAUCAAGUGUCUGAAGAAGGAUGAAGAAGCCAACCUUGUGCAUGAGAAAUCCAACCUGCUCCGCAAGUCAGUGGAGAUGAUUGAACUGGGGCUUGGAGAAGCUCAGGUGAUGAUGGCACUGUCCAACCAUCUGAAUGCGGUGGAGUCAGAGAAGCAGAAGUUGCGUGCUCAGGUACGGAGGCUGUGCCAGGAGAACCAGUGGCUGCGUGACGAGCUUGCCAACACCCAGCAGAAGCUGCAGCGCAGUGAACAAACUGUGGCUCAGCUGGAGGAGGAGAAGAAACACCUUGAGUUCAUGAACCAGCUGAAGAAGUAUGAUGAGGAUGUCUCUCCUUCGGAGGAGAAAGAAGGUGACUCCACCAAGGACUCCCUGGAUGAUCUGUUUCCAAACGAGGAGGAGGAACACGGUCCUGGAUUGCCCCACCAGCAUAGCAGUGCAGUAGCAGCUGCCCAGCAAGGAGGCUAUGAGAUUCCUGCACGCUUGCGCACCCUCCACAACCUUGUCAUCCAGUAUGCUUCACAAGGACGCUACGAGGUGGCUGUGCCGCUCUGCAAGCAGGCACUGGAGGACCUGGAGAAGACAUCAGGCCAUGAUCACCCUGAUGUGGCCACCAUGCUCAACAUCCUGGCUCUGGUGUACAGGGAUCAGAAUAAAUACAAGGAGGCAGCGCAUCUCUUGAAUGAUGCUCUCUCCAUCCGUGAGAAGACCCUGGGAAAAGACCACCCUGCAGUGGCUGCAACUUUGAACAAUCUGGCUGUUCUCUAUGGCAAGAGAGGAAAGUACAAAGAAGCGGAGCCACUUUGUAAGCGAGCCCUGGAGAUCCGUGAGAAGGUCCUAGGUAAAGACCAUCCUGAUGUGGCCAAGCAACUGAACAAUCUGGCCCUGCUGUGCCAGAACCAAGGCAAAUAUGAGGAGGUGGAGUACUAUUACUGCAGGGCCCUGGAGAUCUAUGAGAGCUGCCUGGGUCCUGAUGAUCCCAAUGUAGCCAAGACCAAGAACAACCUGGCCUCCUGUUACUUGAAGCAAGGCAAAUACAAUAAUGCAGAGGUGCUGUACAAGGAGAUCCUUACCCGUGCUCACGUGAAGGAGUUCGGCUCUGUGGAUGAAGAACACAAGCCAAUCUGGAUGCAUGCAGAGGAGAGAGAGGAGAUGAGCAAGAGCAAGCACAGAGACAGUGCUCCCUACGCUGAGUAUGGCGGCUGGUACAAGGCCUGCAAGGUUAGCAGCCCGACUGUGAACACCACUCUGAGGAACCUGGGUGCGCUGUACCGGCGCCAGGGCAAGCUUGAGGCGGCGGAGACCUUGGAGGAGUGUGCAGUUCGCUCUCGGAGGCAGGGCAUUGACCCAAUCAACCAGACGAAGGUGGUGGAGAUCCUGAAGGAGGGUGAUGGCACAGAGAGACGUCGGAGCCUGGGUGGCAGCGUCAAGUACGAGAAUGCCACAGACGGUAGCGAGGAAGUGAGUAUGGGCGUGGAAUGGAGCGGGGCUUAAAUGCCUCCCGAGACUCCCUCUUUCCCCUCCACCGCAAUCAAUCACCCGGAUGUUUGUGUUGUAUCUUCCAACUUUAUCCUCCACACCAUCCCUCCUUCCUCGGCAAGAACUCCACGCCAGUCCCCCAACCCUCCCGGCGCGUGAGGGCACCACAGCACCUGCAGAGGAGUGCCUGGGACCUCGUUCCAGUCCCGUGGCCAGUAAGAGCAGGAGGAAUCUCCAUGGAUCUGCCUGCUCCCCCUGGUCAGGGUGGUGGGCCACCAUCCCCUUGUGUGCCCUCACCUCCCAGCCUGCCCUUGCACAGCUCUGGGGACCAAGCCUGCAGGGGAGUGUCUUCAGGUGUACUGACUCCACCAUCAUAGCUUGUUCCCUCCAUCUCUGCAGAGGCCUGGAUGGAGGUGUGAAGAUGGGAGGGCUGUUUAGGGAGGCAGAGGCCUGGCCUUGGCAGGACUGUUGUGUGCCCAGUUACUUUCUUCCCUGUAGGCAUAGCUGAUGUUAGUGCCCUGUAGUGAACCUGCGCUGACCACCAAUGAGUUGGGCUCUACCUGCAGCAUAGGACAGCCUCCCUCUUGCUCUCCUCCUCCCGGCUGAGGUCUGCUACUUAGGGCCAGCAUGUGGAUCUCUGCAGGGCAUGGGGAUGGAGGGUGGCCCAUAGUUACUGCACAUCUGAGCUAGGAUUGGGGGUGACAGCCAAGGGCUGUGCAUCAAACAGGGACGUGCAAGGGCAAGUGUGCAUAGUUGCCAACUCCUGAGCUGAUAAUGUAGCUGAGUUUCUUGCUUGGUGGUGUUAUCAGCUGCCUGUUGCUCUGGGGUCGUUGGAUGUGCGUCCUGAGAGGAGAAGAGGUGAGGGUGAAGCUAUAUGCUAUUUCUUGGAGGCAGAGGGAGGAAGGGUGGGAGGAGAGCAGAACUCUUCUGCGAGCAGUUAGAAGUGGCUGAGAUGGAGAACAGGCUGGUUUGAAGUAGAGCAGGUGAGAGAAAAAGGAGGUGCAGAGAAGGGUGUGAGGAAAGGAAGAGCUGGGGCUUGGGGUGUUCCAAGCAUGAGUGGGAGGUGGGCUGGCUGAAGGGGGAUUUCUGCAGGAGGUAAGAAAGAACAGGCCAGGGAAGAACAGACCACAUUGCUCAGGGAGGAGUUCUUGAACACAGGACGUGGCUUAUGAGGGGUGGCCCUUGGGGUUGUGACUUGCUGUUCUUCCUCAUGUAGAGGGCAGGAUUGUCACUCUGUUGCUCCCAGGGAGGCAGUGCUGCCCUGGGCUUCUGUGGGGGUGGCUCAGUGCCUCUGAUGGGACUCCACCGGAGUGUUGUCAGUCACUGCUGAAGAAGGGGAUGUUUCCUAAAGUCUUCAGCCUCAUGCCCUCAGAUGCACACCCUCAUCCUACCUCCUAUAAAAGUUGAGCCUGGGGAGGCUGCAGGCAGCAGGACAGAGCCCACAGGCAGCGCAGGAUUCCCUCCUCCCUUAUUUAUUUAAGUAGGUAGUUUCUCUCAUGCUAGUCAUCUGGUAGGCUAUAAUAAUAAAUAUGCUUGUCUGUCUGGGCCUGGCUUUCCUGUGGUGAUGCAGAAGCCUCGGGGCACUUGCAUACUGCUCUCCUGGGAACUGGUGCUUGCUGAAAGGAGAUUUAGGGGCUGAGGGCUCUAGAGCCAUGCCUUCCCUGCCCCUCUCUCCUACUCCUGCUCCAUGCUGUUGGAGUGUGGUGAGUCCCCAGAGUUCAGGCCUCAGCACCAUCUGCCUCUGCUUUGCCUGCCAUGGACCUGGUGCUGUAACAACUGUACCUGUGAUUAAAGGGAGACAGAUCUGAA